AUGGCCAAUCCCAGAGUUUUCUUCGACAUGACCGUCGGCGGCCAGCCGGCCGGCAGGAUCGUGAUGGAGCUGUACGCCGAUGUUGUCCCCAAGACCGCUGAGAACUUCCGUGCCCUCUGCACAGGCGAGAAGGGCGCCGGGAAGAUGGGGAAGCCGCUCCACUACAAGGGAUCCAGCUUCCACCGCGUGAUCCCAGGGUUCAUGUGCCAGGGAGGCGACUUCACCGCCGGGAACGGCACCGGAGGCGAGUCGAUCUACGGAUCCAAGUUCGCCGACGAGAACUUUGUCAGGAAGCACACCGGCCCCGGGAUCCUGUCCAUGGCCAAUGCCGGGCCCGGGACCAACGGAUCUCAGUUCUUCAUCUGCACCGCCAAGACCGAGUGGCUGGACGGCAAGCACGUCGUGUUCGGGCAGGUCGUUGAAGGUAUGGAUGUGGUGAGGGCGAUCGAGAAGGUCGGAUCUGGAUCUGGCAGGACCUCGAAGCCCGUCUGCGUCGCCGACUGUGGCCAGCUCUAA